GAGGAGGAGCAGACAGGGAGAGGAGGAGAAGAGCUGUCAAAAGGCACUGAAGCAGGAAGCUGCGAGUGUAGCCCUUGGUUCGCACCGGGAGUCGUGUGGGAAGGAAGGAAAGGAGGAUUAAAAACAACAACAACAACAACAAUAAUAAUAAUUUAAAAAUUGGAAAUCUUUCCCGGGGUUAGGGUGGUGUGAAAAGGCCGAAAGCAUGAGCAGGAUCCUGACGGUGAAGACCAGCGCCUUUGGCGAUCAGAAGCCGGGCACCAGCGGCCUGAGGAAGCGGGUCAGCGUCUUCCAGGCGCAGAGGGGCUACGCCGAAAAUUUCAUCCAGAGCAUCCUGUCGGCGGCGGUGGAGGAUCCCGCCGAGCGCCAGUGCGCCGUCUUGGUGGUCGGCGGAGACGGCCGCUUCCACAACAAACAUGUCAUCCAGCUCAUCAUCCAGAUGGCGGCGGCCAACGGGAUUGGACACUUAGUAAUUGGACAAAAUGGAAUUCUCUCAACUCCAGCUGUAUCCUGCAUUAUCAGAAAAAUAAAAGCCAUUGGAGGAAUAAUUCUGACAGCUAGUCACAAUCCUGGAGGACCUGAUGGAGAUUUUGGGAUCAAGUACAAUAUUUCCAAUGGAGGUCCAGCUCCAGAGGCUGUCACAGAGAAGAUUUUCCAGCUCAGCAAAACCAUUGAAGAAUAUUCUAUCUGCCCAGAUCUGAAAGUCGACCUAACUACAAUUGGAAAACAACAGUUUGACUUGGAAAACAAGUUCAAGCCAUUUACAGUGGAGAUUGUGGAUUCAGUGGAGGCCUAUACUAACAUGCUUCGGAACAUCUUUGAUUUUAAUGCCUUGAAGGAGCUACUUUCUGGUCCGAAUCAGUUGAAGAUCAGAUUGGAUGCCAUGCAUGGAGUUAUGGGUCCUUACGUUAAGAAGAUUCUGUGUGAAGAACUUGGUGCUCCUGCAAACUCAGCAGUGAACUGCGUGCCUCUUGAAGACUUUGGUGGGCAUCAUCCUGAUCCAAAUUUGACAUAUGCUGCGGACCUCGUGCAGGCAAUGCAGACAGGAGACUAUGACUUUGGAGCUGCGUUUGAUGGUGACGGUGAUCGGAACAUGAUCCUUGGAAAGCAUGGAUUCUUCGUAAACCCAUCUGAUUCUGUGGCUGUGAUUGCUGCAAAUAUCUUCACUAUUCCGUACUUUCAACAGACCGGUGUACGUGGAUUCGCUCGCAGCAUGCCCACUAGUGGAGCACUGGACCGGGUUGCCAAGGCCACAAAAAUAGCCUUGUAUGAGACCCCUACUGGAUGGAAGUUCUUUGGAAAUCUGAUGGAUGCCAACAAACUUUCCCUCUGUGGAGAAGAAAGCUUUGGUACCGGAUCUGACCACAUUCGUGAGAAAGAUGGUCUGUGGGCAGUGCUGGCCUGGCUCUCCAUUAUUGCCAAAUCCAAACAAAGUGUGGAAACAAUCAUGCAGGAACAUUGGCAGAAAUACGGUCGCAAUUUUUUCACCAGGUAUGACUAUGAAGAAGUAGAUGCAGCAGCAGCAGGUAAAAUCAUGAAGGAUCUGGAAACUCUAAUGGCAGAUCGUGCUUUUGUUGGUCACAAGCUCACAGUUUGUGAGGAAGAGUAUAUUGUGGAUAAGGCUGACAAUUUUGAAUACUGUGACCCUGUCGAUGGCAGUGUCUCAAGAAACCAGGGAUUGAGAAUCAUUUUCACAGAUGGAUCACGCCUUAUCUUUAGAUUAAGUGGAACUGGCAGUGCUGGAGCAACCAUCAGAAUUUACAUUGAUAGCUAUUACAAAGAUGCUUGUAAAAUCUUCAAAGAGCCACAGGUGAUGCUCUCCCCUCUAAUAAAAAUUGCUUUGAAGAUUUCUCAGAUUCAUGAGCGAACAGGCCGUACCAGUCCUACAGUGAUCACUUAAAAGACUAAUCCUAUUAAGUCAGAAGAUAAAUUGUCAAAGGAGGAAUAACUAAAGGAUAAACCUGAAAAAUGUGAAAUAUUACUGUAAACUAUCAUCUCCUAGUCCAUGUUCAAGGUUCAGAAUAUUGUAGAAAGACAAAGCUAUCAGGAAAAAUUAUCAUGAGCUAGGAUUUAAGUAAAAAUGUAAUAAAAUAUAAAUAUAUGUAAAAAAUACAUAUAUAUACCCUCUAUUGGUGAUAUGUUGUUUCCAGUCUCUUAAAUGGUCUAGUUGAAAAUUAAAAUUAAUGUAACUAAAUAUGCAUUCUCACUAUCAACACCAGUAUUGUAUUACAACUAGAAAGUUGUACAAAUUAGCACAUGAAAGGACACCACACAUGCUAUUUAUUUAAGGUGACAAUCUACAUCAACAAAUCUAUCAGCUACUUAUUUCACUUAAAAUAACUGUUCAUUAAUACAGUUAACAUGGUUCUUUAAGCUACAGAGUCGCCAACUGUUCACUGAAUACCUUUCCUUUCACUGAAUACCUUUCCAUUCAAUGAAUACAAUAUUGAUCAUGAUGGUGCUUGUUCAACAACCAUAUUCCUGAUCCUAUCUUGUUAUGGUUCUUCAGUUUAUAGUAAAUGUGCCAAUUGCAGCCUGUGGCCAGACACAGAAUACCACUGAAUUAAAAUGAUUACUUUAUUCAAAUGUGUAAUUAAGAUUCAUUCAAUGCCCAUACAAUGUUUAUUAUUGAAUACUACUUUCAGUUGAUCUGUGGUAAAUUUGAAACAUUAAUAGAUGUAAGCAAUAGAAAGCACAUUUCAUUUUCACAACAGUAAGCAUUAUUGCACUUUUAAUCAGAGUUCAGAAUGUAAAACAGUUUACUACUUUAUAGUUAUAUUGUUGGAAAGUACUUGUCUACAUCCCCUUCUAAAUAAAGUAUUACAUUUAUAUCUAUGCAGUGAUACAGAUCACUUAUUUAGUUGAGUACCCUGCAAGUAGUUUCUUUAAUCUGCUCAUAAUAAGUUGCCUCUGAUUUAAUUACAUUUUGCAGGGUUUGGCGGAUGGUGAGUCAUUUGGUAGACAUUUCAAUAGUCCUGUAAAUCAGGAUCCUAAGAAUGACUAUUGAAAUGUCUACCAAAUUAAGCAAAUGCACAGAUGCUCUGCUUAGUAAAAUCUGCCAGGUACUGUACCCUUGUAAUGCAAAUAUAAAAGUUUUCUUUGUAGAUGUCUCUGCUGCCUUCUCAGGAUUCUCUGCUCUCGCUGAAAUCCAACUGAAUUCAAAAUUCCAUCAGUUGUAGCCUAGAAUGACAUGUGACAAAAUAUAUGAUCUCGACUAGUGCACAAUUGAUUUUGCUGUAUUGUAGAAUGAUACAACAAAGGUCAUGCAGCCUGUGCUCUCUCUUUGGUUGAGAUGUCCAAGAAGAUCCACUCCUUUUGUUCUUCUCCCAACCCCACAUCAUGUAUUUAUCUUCAAGUAUUUAUCUCUUUCUCUUUAAAAAUUGCUAUUCAUAACUUGCAAUAAAAGAUGUUUCCUAA